UUCAUCACCCUGGCCACCCGAGUCAUGCUCGGGGUGAAGGCUGUGCCCUACAACAUCAGCCUCUUGGACAUCGACUACGUCGCCGUGAAGGCACCGAUGUUCAGCUUCACGCGGCUCAGAGGUGCAGACCCUACCCUCGGCGUCGAGAUGUCCUCCACCGGGGAGGUGGCCGCAUUCGGUCGGGAUACGAACGACGCCUUCAUCCAGGCGUUGGUAGCCACCGGCUUCGAGCUGCCCAGCGUCAAGAACGAGAUCCUUGUGUCCUUCGCUGUGGACUCGAUGAGGGCGGAGUUCUUGCCGUGGGCCAAGGAGUUCGUGAGGAUGGGAUUCACGUUCGUGGGGACCCCGGGAACGGCAGACUACUUCUGUAACCACGGGGUGGACACGAAGACGCUGGCAAAACCGCCAAAGUGCAAGGGGGCGGGCGACGGCACCGCCACCGCUCUCGACGGCAGCCCCCUGCCCGAUGUGGUGGAGUACAUCAAGGAUGGAAAGGUGGACUUGGUGAUCAACAUCCCUGAGGGGACCAAGAAGACGGAGGAGAUCAGCGCCGGCUACCUCAUCCGGCGCUCCGCGGUAGACUUCGGGGUGUCCCUCAUCACCAACGUCAAGUGCGCCGCCCUGCUCGCCGACAGCCUCGUAAGACGCGCCGCGAAGGACAAGGGGCCGAUGGUCCCCGUGUGCAUCGAGGAGUACUACGGAGCGGGCAAGACGGCGUAACGUUGGCUUGCUGUUAUCGA